AUGAGAAACUAAUAUCUCUAUAAAUUAAAGUAUUUCAUCUGCUUAUACUGCUCCCGAAAAUUCAAAGAUAGUUAUAAUGAAAAAGUCGAUCUUUUUAGUGUUGGAUCUAUUAUUCAUUUUUAUGCAUUUAAUCUAUAUGUUCUUUAAAUUGUAGAUACUUUUCAUUAUGCUAGAGAGUCACAACUAGAGAUCUAUUUCCUGGAAAAACAUCAGAUGAAAUCUUAAGAAUGAAUAAAAUAUACAAUAUAGACUUUAAAAUUCUAUAAUUGUAUAAACUAACACCAGAAGAAACAGAUCUUUUGAUAAAUCUUCUUGAAAUUGAUCCAGAAAAAAGAAUUAGUGUAGAAGCAGCUUUAUCUCAUCCUUACUUUUAAUGUGACAUGAUUAAUAAUAAAUGGCUAUAAAGAAACCAAGAUAAAGACCUUCAAUGGAAAAGAAGCAAUUAUCUUCUUUAAAAAGAAAUAAGUGAAAUAGAAAAGCAUCCUGAAAAAUUUUCAGUAGACCAAAAAUCUCCUAGUAUUAAAGUAUUGAAAAAGGAUUCUUAAAUCUAACUGUCUCAAAAAGUAAGAAAAAGUUCUAAAUUAAAAAAAAGUGUAACCUAAGAAUAUACCCAAUUAACUUUCAGCAAGUCUAAAUUUUAGGCUAGAAAUUCUGUUCAUUAGACAAUCGUUUGA